CGGAGACAAUGUUGACAGAUCUGGCAACGACGCCGCUGCCGACACAGAUUGUUUACAUUCUUCCUCGCAGAAAGGUUUUUGUGUGAAAUUCACGAUGACCGCGAUCGACAAAAUACAGGCGCUGGAUCUUAUCGAAAAAGAGCUGAUCAUGUGCUUGCAAAGUGCUGGAGCGGCACUGAUGGAGCUGAGCAAGGAAAAAACAAGCCAAAAGGCGACGGAAACAAACGUGAACCAGUUCCUGAAGUCGCUCAACAACGUCGAGACGAAGCUGUCGGAACAGAUCAACUAUCUCACGCAAGUGUCCACCGGGCAGCCGCACGAAGGUUCCGGGUACGCCUCCGCCAAAGUGCUGCAGAUGGCGUGGCACCGCAUUCAGCACGUCAAAUCGCGCAUCAAGGAUCUGGAGGAGUGCAAAAUGCGCUACAUUCAGGCGAACCGGAUGCAAAGUAAUCGUGUCGGACAGAACGCGUCAUCGAGCACGGCGGGAGUUAUGCUAUAGAUGCUAAAGAGUAAGACAUUUUCUGAAUAAAUCAUGUGCAUUAAAACACUUUUA